UUAAUAUAUGACAAGGCAAGGAGUCAUUCUGUCCAGACACGAGCAGCCAGACAGACUUCCACACUGGCCACAGAGCCUUUCUUUCUGGGGGGCCCUGGCGAAUGGGGAAACUGAGGCCCAGAGAGGGAGGGGCGCGGCCCAGGGACAUACUCUGAAGCCCCUCCCUCCUAUUACCCUCGGAGCCCCGCCCACCCCAGGGUCCUCCCUCUCUACUUCCAUUCUUGGUUCCUUCCCACAAUCGAUGCUAACACGCCCCGCCUCCAAGAUCACGGAGGCCCCGCCCCGCUAAUGAGGCCCCGCCCCACGGGGCUAUGCAAACGAGACGCCCGGAGGCCCCGCCCCUCCCUCCACCUCGGAGUCUGCGCGGCGCGGCCAGGCCCGGCCGACCGCGUCUCGGUCUCCGCGUCUGCCAGCCUGGCUGGCAGUCCGUCUGUCCAUCCCGCCGCGCCGGGGCAGUCUAGGCGGAGCGGGGGCUCAGGAGGCGGCGGCCUCGACGCGAAUGAGUGUCGUGGUUGGGGUGCUGGACCCAGAGUGCCUACCCUCGCCUGCCUGGGCCUCAGUUUCCACAUCUGCACAAUGGGGGUGACCAUCCCUGCCCUGCUGGCUGCCAGGAGCGGCUGUGAGUCUUCAGGCGUGGAUGCAGCCUGGGGGAAGCCAUAGGGCGCUUUCACAGGCCUGGCCUUCACCAUGGCGGGAGGGAGACCGCAUCUGAAGAGGAGUUUCUCCAUCAUCCCCUGCUUUGUCUUCGUGGAGUCGGUGCUGCUGGGCAUUGUGAUCCUGCUUGCUUACCGCCUGGAGUUCACGGACACCUUCCCUGUGCACACCCAGGGAUUCUUCUGCUAUGACAGUACCUACGCCAAGCCCUACCCAGGGCCUGAGGCUGCCAGCCGAGUGCCUCCUGCUCUUGUCUACGCAUUGGUCACUGCCGGGCCCACCCUCACGAUCCUGCUGGGAGAGCUGGCGCGUGCCUUUUUCCCUGCACCACCUUCAGCCGUCCCAGUCAUCGGGGAGAGCACCAUUGUGUCUGGGGCCUGCUGCCGCUUCAGCCCCCCAGUGCGGAGGCUGGUCCGCUUCCUGGGGGUCUACUCCUUCGGCCUCUUCACCACGACCAUCUUCGCCAACGCGGGGCAGGUGGUGACCGGCAAUCCCACGCCACACUUCCUGUCCGUGUGCCGCCCCAACUACACGGCCCUGGGCUGCCUGCCACCUUCUCCGGAUCGGCCAGGUCCCGACCGCUUUGUCACUGACCAGGGUGCCUGCGCUGGCAGCCCCAGCCUCGUGGCCGCCGCGCGCCGCGCCUUCCCCUGCAAGGAUGCGGCCCUCUGCGCCUACGCGGUCACCUACACAGCGAUGUACGUGACUCUCGUGUUCCGCGUGAAGGGCUCCCGCCUGGUCAAACCCUCGCUCUGCCUGGCCCUGCUGUGCCCGGCCUUCCUGGUGGGCGUGGUCCGCGUGGCCGAGUACCGAAACCACUGGUCGGACGUGCUGGCUGGCUUCCUGACAGGGGCGGCCAUCGCCACCUUUUUGGUCACCUGCGUUGUGCAUAACUUUCAGAGCCGGCCACCCUCUGGCCGAAGGCUCUCUCCCUGGGAGGACCUGGGCCAAGCCCCCACCAUGGACAGCCCCCUCGAAAAGUUAAGUGUGGCGCAGGAACCCGAGGUCUGCAGGCCGCAUUCGACACCGGCACGGCUCACCCCAUCCAAGUCGCAGAACUGCGCCCGCCGUGGCCACCUGAUCCCCAGCUGUGUCUCCUCCAGGGCCCCAGCCAUGUGUUCGUCGCCCCGUGUGCCCCGUCCUCGAUUGAGGUCUGAGCCGACGCCCUUGCCCCUGCCCCUACCCCUGCCAGCGCCCACCCCCAGCCAGGGCCCCUCGCCUUCCUCCCCUGGACCUGGGGGGCCAGGCGGGGGUGGUGGACGUGGCCGGAAGCUGCUGCUGCCCACGCCCCUGCUGCGGGACCUGUACACCCUGAGUGGACUCUAUCCCUCCCCCUUCCACCGGGACAACUUCAGUCCUUACCUGUUUGCCAGCCGUGACCACCUGCUGUGAGGCCCGACCACCCACCCAGAAUCUGCCCAGUCCCCACUUCUUCCCUGCCACGCGUGUGUGUGCGUGUGCCACGUGAGUGCCAAAGUCCCCUGCCCCCCAAGCCAGCCAGACCCAGACAUUAGAAGAUGGCUAGAAGUACAUUUAGGAGACACCUGCCUCUCUGGCCCUCUGAGAUAUCCCGAUGGGGACAAAUGGAAGGUGCGCACUUGCCCCUACUAUUGCCCUUUUAAGGGCCAAAGCUUGACCCCAUUGGCCAUUGCCUGGCUAAUGAGAACCCCUGGUUCUCAGAAUUUUAACCAAAAGGAGUUGGCUCCAGCCAAUGGGAGCCUUCCCCUCACUUCUUAGAAUCCUCCUGCAAGAGGGCAACUCCAGCCAGUGUUCAGCGACUGAACAGCCAAUAGGAGCCCUUGGUUCCCAGAAUUUCUAGAGUGGGUGGGCAUGAUUCCAGUCAAUGGGGGACCGCCCGUGUCUAAGCAUGUGCAAAGGAGAGGAGGGAGAUGAGGUCAUUGUUUGUCAUUGAGUCUUCUCUCAGAAUCAGCGAGCCCAGCUGUAGGGUGGGGGGCAGGCUCCCCCAUGGCAGGGUCCUUGGGGUACCCCUUUUCCUCUUAGCCCCUCCCUGUGUGCGGCCUCUCCACCUCUCACCCACUCUCUCCUAAUCCCCUACUUAAGUAGGGCUUGCCCCACUUCAGAGGUUUUGGGGUUCAGGGUGCUGUGUCUCCCCUUGCCUGUGCCCAGGUCAUCCCAAACCCUUCUGUUAUUUAUUAGGGCUGUGGGAAGGGUUUUUCUUCUUUUUCUUGGAAACUGCCCCUAUUCUUCACACUGCCCCCCAUGCCUCAGCCUCAUACAGAUGUGCCAUCAUGGGGGGCAUGGGUGGAGCAGAGGGGCUCCCUCACCCCGGGCAGGCAAAGGCAGUGGGUAGAGGAGGCACUGCCCCCCUUUCCUGCCCCCUCCUCAUCUUUAAUAAAGACCUGGCUUCUCAUCUUUAAUAAAGACCUGUUUGUAACAGAA